UGGACAUGAAGAAAAAAUACAAAAAAAUGGGGGGAAAAAUAGAAAUAAUGAAAAUAAAAUGCAAAAACUUGUAUAAAAGUUAAUGGUAAAGUGCAAACAGUUAAAACAUGAAAGGGCGAUUCAAGUCUUUGUUUGUUAGAAAAUCUUCUAACAGUACAAGUGCAAGUGAUGACAAAAACUCAAAGGAAUUUUUUUUCUCCAAUGAAAUUUUGGAAGAUUAUUUAAAAAAACAGGAUAUCAAUAAAAGGAAUUCAAUUGCUCACAGAUGCCGCACAUUAAAAGAACUUGGAGAAAUAGUUUUAACAAAAGAAAUAGAAGAGCAUGCAAUAGAAGCAAUAUGGAAAGAGAUUGAAGAUCUUUUUCAGCCUUCUGUUAAUAUAGAGGGUCGCCAGACUGCACUUGAAUUUAUGAUAUCUUUGGUUCGUGGUCAGUAUAAAAAUCUUGGCUUACUUCGUGUUCAGUUUUUUCGUUUAAUUGAGAAUCAUGAUGUUAACGAAGAUUUAUGCUCUAGAGUAACUCUACUCAAUUGUCUAACAGAAAAUGGCAAAGACAUUUCAUAUUAUGAGCAAAUAGGAACUUUUCUUUUACAGUUCAUGUCAAAAGCAUUGUUAUCUGAAAAAACCAAUGAUUUUCUUUUGCUAUUGGUUAAUGUAAUUCGUUUUAAUUCAAGUUUUCUUGACAAAGAAACAAUAUGUAGUCUUGUGAAAAAAACUUGUGAAUUUUGCCAUGUUGCUAAUACUGAGUUGGAAGUUGAGAGUUGCUUAUCAUUAUUAGAUGUGGCUGUAAAAUAUGGUGGAUUACCCCCUGAAGGGCUUUGUCCCUUGAUUGUAACACUUUGUCGAACAGUCAACAUAAAAAACUUUAGUCAACCAAGUUGGAAGCUCAUGAGAAGUUUGAUUGGAACAACAUUUGGUCAUACAGUUUUGAACUUGAUGUGUUGUAUUCUUGAAGACAACAACAACGUCACUGAUCUAACAUUGUUGCGCGGUGCUGUAUUUUUUAUUGGCAUGAGUAUUUGGGGAUCACAACGUGUUACCUCAUUACGAUAUCAACCUCUUCAUGUGCUUCCUGCAUUCAAGAUUUCUUUGCAAUGUGCAAACUUUGUGGUUGCUCAUGAAGUUGGCGUAUCUUUACUGAGACUAGUGAACAAAUUUGGACCAAGUCAAGAUUUAAUUACAUGGGAUAUCAUCAUGGAUAUUCUUGAAAUUUUGCUCAAAGUCAUAGAAAGUUUAAAUGGUGGUGAUUCUCAAUUAUUGUCAGGCAAUGUUCAAUCUAUAUUAUCAGCUAUUGAGAAUUUAUAUACUAAAAAUAUGAUGCGAGGUUCUGUCAGUCGCUUUUUUAGUAUUGUUGAAAGUUGCUCAGAAGACAGACCUGAGUCUUCCAUUAUUACUUUGUUAACAUAUUAUGAAGAACAAAUCACUCCAACCAGAGAUGAUUGGUUUGAACUAUUCAGAAGAGUGUUAGAUAACUAUUUGAAAAAAGAAAAAAGAACUAGCAUUAGAGUUAGAGUAAUAGAAAUGAUUACUUUUGUGUUUUCACAUCACAAACACAAGUAUGAAGAUGAAUUGAUAGAGUUGUUUUUAAAAAACUAUAUUUCAGCUGUAGUGUUAGAAAAAGAUAAUGAAGUACGCCUUGUUAUAUCUCAAUUACUUGCAAAUCUAUUACAAAUAUGCAGUUCUGUGCAAUACUCUGCUUUAUUACAAGUAGUUGAUGAGCUUCUUUCUUCAUUAAGCAAUCAGAGAGAAAAUUUACAGGACAUUGAGAUAAUUGUUGACGCUCUCAUUAAAACGUACAAGAAUAAGUUGUUUUGCCCACAAAGCAUGUUUGUUGUAAAUAUUUUUACCUUGUUGGUAAAACAUGUUUCCCGUUAUUACUUAAUCAAUUUACCUCCUUUAAUUGGUGGAAAUAUUCGUUGUAAAAUAUUUGCUGCUAUAUUGUCAAUGAGAGCUAAUAGUAAUCACUUUGUUGGUGUUGCUGAUGGAGACACUAUUGCAAAAUAUUCAGCCCAUACUAUUUUUAAAUCAGUAAAUAAAGAAGUUGCAGGAUGUGGUGAAAUAUGGACAAUCUGUUGCGAUUUCCAAAUUGCUUUUGAUGCCAUACUUACUUGCUUGAAAAAUGAAUUGGAUUGGUCUGUUUUAGAAUUUGUUCUUAAAAACUUACCACAUCAAUUAAAAAAUAAAAGCCUUUUUAUAUACUGUCAGUGCAAUAUGAAUAAACUUUGUGCUGCAUUGUCUAACUUAAUCAAUGAUAAAAUGUAUUUGAAUAAAGUUCAAAAUUGCCCUGCUACAUUUGGUAUUUCAGAACUUCGAAAUUUAAUCUUUCCUAUUCUUUCUAUUGUUGCUACUUAUCAUAGCUAUCUUUCAAAAGAACAACAGUUUGAAUUAUUAAAAUGUUUAGAAUUUGGAUUGAACACUGUUUGUGCAAAAACAUGUGUUUCCUGUUUGACAAUAUGUACUCUAGAGAUGCAAUCUGUUAUGAUAAGAGUGUUACCAUCAAUUCUUGUCAAGUUAUCACAAAUAUCUGCUACAGUGCCGAUGGCAGUACCUGUUCUUCAGUUCCUUUCAACAUUGAAAGAAAUCUCUUCUCUCUACGCCAAUUUUGUUGAAGAGCAAUAUAUGAGUAUAUUUGCAAUGGCACUACCUUAUACUGAUAUAUUUAAAUACUCAAUUUAUGUUGUUACUCUAGCUCAUCAAGUUAUUGCAGACUGGUUUACUAGAUGUAGACUAGCUUUUAGGAAAGGUUUUGUGACACUUAUUGCAAAAGCAUUAAAGUCAAACAUAAAAACCACUUCUGAUAAAAAAGAUGAAAGUUAUACUAGAAAAUGCAUUUUACAUGAACACAUGACAGAGGUAUGUUUAGAUAUGAUGGCUCGAUAUUCUUUUUCUAAUCAUUUGUGCCAACCCCAGCGUUCCCCUGUAAUCAACUACCUACUUGAUAAAGGUGAUUCUCAAACAUGGCUUUUAUCCAACAUGCUUAUUACUAUUACAACUAGUUGUGGAAGUCAAGAAAAAUGUCUUUAUUGUUCAUCUAAUAAAUCUAGUAUUAAAAAGAAUGAAUUGCCUACAAAAAAAAAAGAAACUUGUAAUAAUAUGCAGGAAGUUUUUCUGAAUAUACAAUCAACACCCACUACUCCUAAAGUUAUUAAUUCUCAAGUUUCUCUAAAUAAAAUUACUUUAGAAUCAAUACCAGUGGUAACAGCAUCUUCUUGUCAACAAGCAUAUGAUGGAAAUCAAAGUUCAUGCGAAGAAGAGGGUACAGAAGACGAAGUUACUCCUUUAGUAGUGAAAGUUGCUCAAGAAUUAGUUCAAUACCAAGACCAAGUGUACUCACCCUCAGAGCAGCUUUUAUUCAGUCGCCAAGUCUCUAAAGUUUGUACUAAUGAAAAAGAGGAUAUGGAUAUUGAUCAUUAUGAUUACAAUCAUGAUGAUGAUGAUUAUGAUAACAAUGAUGAUGGUGAAUUUAGUGUUUUGAAUAAAAAUGAGAAUAAACUUGAAAAUGAAGUCUUGCAGUUUUAUAUUGACGAAACUCAAUGCAUAAAGAACUACACACAAAAUGUUUCAGUAAAAGAAAAAGAGCCAAUCGUUUCCCCAAUCCUCUCUUCUAAUUAUAAUAAAUUGCCAGAAAUUCCUUUUAUAAAAUUAGACCAUGAAAAAAAAAAUCCAGCUAAUGCUAAACACAAUAGAGUAGGUGAGUGUAAAUGCAUUUCAGAAGGAUGGGCUGAGGUUUACAUCAGAAGACCAACAGGAAAUGUGUCUUGGAUCAUGAGAAUUGAAAAUAACUUAAAUUUACCUCCAUGUACUUUAUCUGAACUUUCAUUAUUGGCUUCAAGUCUUGAAGGUCAUUCUUUGAAGGAAAAAUUGAGUUAUCAACAUUCUAUUAGACAGAGGUCAUCUCAUAGUAGGAGCUAUAGCACUGGUUCAAUUGAGAUAGUAAAAUCAAAAGGGUCGUCUUUUACUGAUGAUGUUGCAUGGAGUCUAAACCAAGAAGAUAACUUGCAGGAGUUGACUGAGCGGUUUGCUAAAGCUCCUUUAACAAAGUCAAUGUCAAAUCCAAAAAAUGUUGAGCAAGGUUUGACUGCAGAGGAAACUAAAACCUUUUAUUCAAGAUAUCGUGCUUUUUCAGCAGUUGAACCAGUUACAAAUGAUAAUAUGAACAAUGUUCAAUGUGAAGAGAGAGGUCCUAAUAAUGGCAUCAGUCCUUAUUUUAUAUUUCUACAGUUAUUUUACUCUACUCUUAGUUGUUUUUCUGAUAAAAUUCCCCUCUUGCUGGAUCACAGUGAGGUCAUUGACAGAGCUGUUCACAUACUAGAUCGGAUUCCGACAUUUAAUACGCAUAAGUUUGGAGUUUUAUUUGUUGAUCGUGGUCAGGAGAAAUCUGAAGUUGAAAUACUUUCAAAUGAGUUUGGGUCAACUCGUUACACUGAUUUUAUUUCUGGACUGGGUGAGUUAGUUCAACUGCAUGAAUGUAUUAGUAAUGGUAUUUUUACUGGUGGAAUGGAUUGUUCAGGUGCUGAUGGUAAGUUAGCAUACACGUGGAAAGAUGAUACCACGCAAGUGAUUUUCCAUGUUGCAACACUUAUGCCAAAUAAAGAAAGGGAUUCUCAAUGUUAUUCCAAAAAACUUCAUAUUGGGAAUAAUUUUGUGACAAUAAUAUAUGAUGAGUCAAAGUUUGGGUACACAUUUGGAACUAUCAAGGGUCAAAUGAGCUUGGCAGAAAUAUUAAUCCGACCACUGGACUAUAACAGCAAUGUGGUAACUAUUCGAAUAAAAGACAAUUGCGAUGCUGGUGUAAUGCACAACCACCCUUUUAUAAUUUCAGAUCAAAAUCUUCCUGUUCUUGUAAGACAACUUGCGAUAAAUACAAAUAUGGCUAUUGUAACAGAGUUGAGCGAAAAAACGACGACUAAUGCGUUUGCGUCUAAUUGGCUGGAACGUUUGCUCCAAAUUAAUAGAAUAAAAUCCAAAGCUACACCGCAAAAGCCUUCAUCAAAUUAUGAAGACGCGAGAGAUUUUGUAAAUUAUACCUAAAAACUCUUUAUUAAAAAAAGUUAUUUGUUGUUUUUUAAACCAUAAUAAAACUUGGUUACAAAUUCUAA